AUGCUGCAGUCUCUGUGGAAAAGCAUUUCAUCAUGGGGGGAUCUACCAACAAACUUCCCUUAUACCCUCGGAUCCGCCAUACCUUAUGGAUUUGAGCUACCUGGCGGAUUCGUUCAAUUUUCUGCGACCAGCACAAAGCAACAGACCAGCGCAGCUGCGGAAGCAACUGGUCGCCAGCAUCCCAUUCUGGAUGCAUUGCUUAAUCCAGGCAACGCAUCUCAGGUGUCUGUCUUUGCACUGAAACGUGCCAAACAGCAGUCACCACCGUUCAAAGGCAACGGCGCAGUGUCCCAGCACACUUUUGAUCAGGCGAAAAACCACUUCGCAAAAUGCAAGACACUUCUCCAUCCUAACCUCCUGAAGGUACUUGCCACCUAUGAAACCAGCAAUGCGCUUUACAUUGUUACCGAAUGCUGUUUUUCCCUGGUACACGUUGUGCACCUAAGCCGACAGCAACAGCAGCAGCAAGACUUGGCUGCUAAGCGGCCCCCCUCGCUGCCACAGCAGCAGAAAUGCGGUCCUCCCACAGCACCAAUUAAUGAAAUGUCAGAUUUCACUCGUAAAGCGGAGGCUGCAGCAGUUGCUGCCGCUGAAGUGGCCGCCAACACCUGUUGGAACUUUCUCGAGUUGGCGGAGAGCAUCUCCUUUCUCCACGACCAGUGCAAACUGGUCCACGGCGAGGUUUCGCCCUUUUCCAUAUUCGUCACUCCGCAUGUGCAAGCGCAGUCCAGGGAUGGGAACCACCAAGGCCCGCUGCAGGAUCUCCACCAGACUAUCUUGACAGAUGGGGGCUUUGCUCCGUGUUUGCCUGGUGGCAUGAGUGUCUUCGGGACCCUUAUAGCUCCGGCCGGCCUCUACGGUCUAAGCGAAGUGAUGCUAUUUCCUGUGGUCUCUCAAUUGGUCUUAGCGAUGCAACGUUCCACAAGGCCAUGA